CUCUUCAGUUCAUUUUUUGCAGGGUCUGGUCUUGACAGUUUCACUCAUGGCUACCGUCCUUCACCAAUCCUCGUGAAACCUCUCGUUUAUUUUCGCUGCACCCAUCGUUUUUAACUGUUACAAUUUUCCUCCUUAUUAAGCACUGGUUAAGCACUCGUUUUAAUUGAUACCAUAAAAUGGAAGUGGGUAACGUAGAAAUUUUAAACUUGGAAAUCGAACGGUUGACGAGAGAGCUGGACCAGACGAACAGUGAAAAAAUCCAGUCCGCUCAAUAUGGGAUUGUUUUACUGGAAGAGAAAGAAAAUCUUCAACACAGAUGUGAAGAACUUGAAAGUCUCUUUGAGAACGCUCGACAUGAGUUGGCAUUAACCCGUGAGGCACUUGCUCGCUUCCAGAAUAGUCACAAGGUUACAACCAAGAGUGGCAUAGAAACCGAAGAAUCUCUUUUAUAUGAAUCAGCUGCAAGAGAAACAUCUCUCAACUCUCAAAUCCUUGAUCUUGAAGCUGACACAAAGCAUUUGCGCCUUGAAUUGGAAAGGGUGACAGCUGAACGAGACCAACUCACUCAACAAUUAAAUGAUACUGGGAAAGAGAGGGAAGUCUACAUUUUUGAAAGGAAAACUUUAAAAGCUGAAUUGAAAGAACUCAAAUACAGAGAGACCCGCCUUCUUAGUGAUUACUCAGAGUUGGAGGAAGAAAACAUCAGUCUUCAAAAGCAAGUGUCUGUGUUGAGGUCUUCUCAGGUUGAACUAGAGGGAGACAAACAUGAACUACGUCGAUUGCAAGAAGAACUCGAGCUGCUCAAUCAACAAAAUGCAGAGUUGGCGCAUUUGCGAAAAUUAGCUGAAAAACAGAUGGAAGAAGCAUUAGAUGCCCUACAAGCUGAAAGAGAAGCCAAAUAUGCUAUCAAGAAAGAUCUUGAUGCAAGAAUGACUAGUGAAUCCAUGUUCAAUUUGAGCAAUUUAGCAUUCAGCAUUAAAGGACUAUCUGAAGAACAUGGGGCAAGUGAAGGUGAAGAUGAUGGUCCACUGUUGCAAAAACUUGAAGCCUCAUUCCUGAAAACUGGUGGUGUAACCAAUGACGGGACAGAAGGGGGCGAUGGGAAUAACAAGGGUGGUGGAGAUUUGUUUAGUGAAAUUCACUUGAACGAAGUCAAGAAACUAGAAAGACAGCUAGAACAAGUCGAAGCGGAAAAAGGGAUGUUGUUUCAACGUCUACGAGAUGCCCAAGAUUCGUCCGAUGUUGCCCGACACGAAGCAGCAUCCAGACAUGUUCAACUGGCCAAACUGGAUGCGUAUUUGGCUAGCCUACUUCACCUUCACGAAACUGUGGAAACUCCUACUAAUGCUUCGGAAAUUGAUCGGACACCAUCAGAGCCGUCUUCUGCUCCUGGCAAGUCUACGUAUCUUCAGCAAUUGGUUGAUAAAUUCAAGCAUCGUACCGCGUUGGCUGUUAGGGAACUUCAGCAAGCUCAACAAGAAUUAUGGGCUCUCCGAGGAGCAUCUACCGGUCAACUACCAACUGAUAUGGAACAAGAUUUCAUCGCGUUGAAGAAGAGGUUGUUAGAUACAGAGCAAAAAGUGUCAGUUCUUCACUCUGAAAUUGCGGCCUCCUCCGAGUCGGCUGGUGAUAGUCGAGCUACAUUGGUAGCACUUCAGUCUGAACUAUCUCCUCUUGUAGAUGACAUCACUGCCCUUACGCUACAUCUGUGUGCUGCCGUAGGCAUUCAGACAGGAUCAGGGUCCCAUGCAGGAAUUAUCCGGAGCUCAACUGAUGCUGGCAGUGGACCUAGUAGCUUAGCUUCGGAUGUCGCUGGACCAACCUCUAUCGGUUCCGAAUACAAUAAGGAGAACAUCUCACCAGAAUCCAGUGUUACAGUCACUUCUCUUCAAAAUCCUACUCGACUCUUGCACAUGCUUCAAGAGCAAGUUCGUCUGUUGCGCCGAGCUGCUGAAAUGCUGGUCAAACAAAGCCACACCAAAGACACACCCAACGACUUGGUAUCAGACAAGGAUCGAGACAACUUCGAGUCAGAUGUCGCUGAACUCCAAGAACAAAUUGUUAAGCUCAAAGCUUUGCUCUCAACCAAGAGAGAGCAAAUUGCCACUCUACGCACUGUCGUCAAGGCUAACAAACAAACAGCCGAAGUUGCACUGGCAAAUCUUAAGUCAAAAUACGAGACAGAAAAGUCGAUAGUCUCUGAAACGAUGAACAAACUUCGUCUUGAACUAAGAACUCUGAAGGAAGAGGCAGCUACAUUUUCUAGUCAGCGAGCUUUGUUUGCUGCCCGCUGCGAAGAAUACGUCUCUGAGAAUGACGAGCUUGGUCGGCAGUUGAGUGCUGCUGAAGACGAGAAGCGGACGUUGAAUUCGUUGCUACGAAUGGCUAUCCAGCAGAAACUUUCGCUGACAGAGCGCCUGGAAGAUCUUGAAAUGGAUCGUGAGCGUUCAAAUUUACGAAGACAGCCACAAAGCACACGUUCCACUAUUCCAGCUGGCGGAGCACGAAAUCCUGCACAAAGCCAGGGACAGGGAGCUGGAUCUGGUCAUCGAUACCCUCCUAAUCGUGUCCCCUCGGCAUUCCGGGACUCCAAUAGCAACCGCGAUUAUUAGAACCGAAUUUUUAUUAUUGUUUAAUCGAUUCAGUAACCUAAACCGAGGUUAUGAAGUAUUUUUUGGUAAGUGAAUCUAAUGUCUUAACGACAGCUGAUUAAUGGAGGACGGGUUUCCAACAUGUCAGCUCUUGGAUCUGAUCAUAAGCAAUAUCGGUGCAGUUUUUUGUAUUAUCACAAUUUUUUUUGUCAUGCGAAACAUUCGUUUACGAGAAGAGCAGAAAGGGCUGAACGUAAACGGAAGAUUGCUCAGUGCAUGUUAUAAUUUUGUUGAUCAAACGUCCGUUUUACAGCUCGGCAGGUUACAAUCACAUGCUUGACUGGUACGAUCAGAUGUUUUUGUUGGGUAAUUACGUUCUCGAGUUUUUGGAUGAAACCGGUAGCUGCGCUAAUUUCUGAAACCCUAUCUUAAUGAAUUUGGGAAAACGUCCUAUUACUGCCGUUCUUAAAUGAAUCCAUUGUGUAAUUGUGGUUUUUUCUUAGUUUUAACUACCCUUUAUUUUGAAACAAAUUAUUAGUUGCGUUUCAAGGUCUUCGCGUGCCCCGUGUAUGACCAUGGUAAACGUACUUGUCCUUCACAGAAACGUUUUGCUGCUGACAACUAAAUAUCUAACAUUUGAUCCAUUAAAAAUAAUGGGAGGAUCCUUUGUCCUUGGUAACAUUUUAAAAAUAUAAAUUAUUUACAAGUUUUUACAUGGGGUUCAUUGAGGAUUUUUGCAUGUGCCGCCAUGUGCAAAAUUGUGAAAUGAUUCAAUAAAAUCGUUCCAAACUGA